AAAAAACAUUAGUAUAAAAUUAUGGGAACUAAACCGUAAUUAGCGCUAAUUAAACCACACCCGCCUUUUUCGUUUCACACACGUCGGUGUACUCUUAUCACAGCACUACACUGUACACCACCUCUCACCCCAUGUGAUCCCUUUCUUUCUCUUCUCUGUGUUCCCAUUACUUUCCCUUCCUUCAUCACUCAGAUUUACAUCAUCAUCAAAUCAUGUAGUAACCUUCAUCAUAUACAUACCCCCCUAUGGAGGUUAAUUUGUUGUUGUUGUUGUUUCACCUUUCAAUAUCACUUGGGUUGUACUGAGGAAAUCGCAAAAUGGAGGUGAUGUGUGACCAGUGAAGUGAGUUUUCUCACCGGGAAACCUCAAAAUGGUGCCACUUUCCUUCAAUGGGUUUUCGUUUUUCUUGCUCUUUUUACCCGUGUUACUGUCUCUGAGCUCUGUUUCAGCUUUACCAGCAACUGGGUCGAUCGAGCAUCCUGUGAAGUUUAUCAUAGGAGAAGAGAAUUUGGGACCAUGGCGAAAUCAGCUCACACAAGUGGCUCCAGCACCUGGACCUAAUGCUGAGGAUACUCUUGUUCUGGCUGCAAAUAGGACGAAAAGGCCUGAUAUUCUACAAGGAUUUCGACAUUAUCGAGGUGGUUGGGAUAUUACAAAUCAGCAUUAUUGGGCUUCAGUUGGAUUCACUGGUGGAGCUGGUUUCAUUCUUGCUGUCCUAUGGUUUGUCUCAUUUGGCCUGGCACUUGCCAUACAUCUAUGCUGUGGAUGGGGAAUUAACAUCAAGGACAAAGAAUCAAGUCAUUCUCAAAGGAUUUGUCUUAUGCUGCUUAUAGUGUUCACCUUUGCGGCAACGACUGGAUGUAUCCUACUUUUUGUGGGGCAAGAUAAAUUCCAUGGCGAAGCCUUGGAUACCCUCCAUUAUUUCGUCAAUCAGUCAGACUAUUCAGUGCAGAUUCUAAGAAACGUCACGCAGUAUCUCUCCCUUGCAAAAACUAUCCAUGUUACCCAGAUACUUCUCCCAUCGGAUGUCAUGGAUGAUAUCGACAAGUUGACUGUGGAUCUGAAUAGUGCAGCAGAUACACUUUCUGAGAAGACAAAUGAAAAUGCUGUUAAAUUUCGAAGAGUAUUCAAAGAUGUGCGUCUCGCUUUGUUUAUUGUCGCGGCAGUGAUGCUUCUCCUAGCUCUAACUGGACUAGUUCUAUCUGUCCUCGGAUAUCAACAUGCAAUCCUCAUAUUUGUUAUAACUGGAUGGUUACUUGUUGCGACCACGUUCAUCCUUUGUGGAGUGUUCAUGAUCCUUAAUAAUGCAAUUUCUGAUACAUGUAUGGCUAUGGGAGAGUGGGUAGAGAAUCCACACAGAGAAUCUUCCCUUAGUGAUGUCCUUCCAUGUGUCGAUCAGAGAACCACAAACCAAACACUUAUCCAAAGUAAACAAGUGGUCACCAAUAUUGCUGGUGUUGUUAAUCGGUUCAUCUAUGAAACUGCAAAUAUAAAUGCAACACAAGGUACUCCGGGUUACUACAAUCAGUCUGGGCCAGCAAUGAUGCCUUUAUGCUAUCCCUUUGACUCCCAGCUUCAAGAGCACCAAUGCUCAGAUCAAGCAGUUUCCUCUGCCAAUGCAUCCAUGGUUUGGAAGAACAAUGAAUGUGAAGUAUCUGAAUCUGGUAUUUGCACAACCGUAGGCAGGGUAACGCCAGAGAUAUAUGCACAGUUAGUAGCUGCGGUGAACGCAAGCUAUGCAUUAGAGCAUUAUACUCCACUUUUGCUUAGUCUUCAGAAUUGUAAUUUUGUCAGGGAUGCUUUCACAGGAAUCACUUCAAGUCACUGCCCUCCAUUAAACCAUUACCUUAAGAUUACUAAUGUAGGGCUGGGUCUCAUUUCAGUUGGUGUUCUACUCUGCCUUGUUCUCUGGAUACUCUAUGCAAACCGCCCCCAAAGGGGAGAAGUGUUUGUGAAGCUAUCCUUGCCAGAAAAAAUAAAGAACAUAUUUAAGAAGACCCCCAACGGUACAAAUACAGCAUUGCCAAAUGCAGAUAGUGAAGUAUAGAUUGUAAACUAUAAAACUAGUUGAUAAGGAAGUAGACUGUUGUUGUUUUACAGCACCCAAUACUAUGUUAAGAAUCAAUGGUGGAGCAAAGCUGCAUCUUGAGUUAGAGGAGAAUAGCCAAAUAUAGUGUACUAUCCCUUUUGUUCACUGAAAAUAAAAAGCUUUAGAAGUUUAGAUUCA